AUGCUGGGAAGGCCGGGCGGGCGGGGUCGGCGGGCGGGGUCGGCGGGCAGCACCCCCCGGCGGGGGCGGGCCGAAAGAGCGGCCAGCGCGCCGCCGAGAUUGCGGGCGCCGGAGCGCGCGCAGGGGGCGGCCGAAUGGCGCGCGCGAGCGUGUGGUGCGGGACCCGGCCUCUGUGUGCGGGGCCCGCGCUCCCGCCGGGCGCGCGCGACGCAGCUCCAGGAGGGGACCCCGAGGCUCGAGGAGACGCCCGCGGACUCUGGCCUGCCCGGGGGCUUCGGGGUUAGUGCGCUGAGGCGAGCGUCAAGGCUACCCCGCUGCCGCAGUGCUGGCGACCUCGACCGCACGACGGGGUGUUUUAAAGCCGGGCCUCCUCUGAGCUGGGAGCGGCCUUUGGCAGAAAGCAGGCCCUGCUCCGACUUGACGGGCGGGAGACUGAGGUCCGGGCUGGGUAGGGGCUGCCGGAGAGGGGCCACCCAGCGCCCCAAGAAUUCGUGA